ACGGAAAUCCUGUGCACGCAGGGGCAGGCCACUGAUCUUUGAGGGGUGUGUAGAAGAAGGAAUUUCACCUUAUGCAAUCUGUGAGCAACUAUUUAAAGUAUAUCAGGUAUCGGCUGUGCUUUUGCAACAUUACAUGCCACGAGCUCAUAGGUGGAAUCUGUGCAAACUAUCUGAUGAGGACUCAAGCAAACAAAUAGUAGUGUCUCCUGUUUUUUUCUGGACUCUAGGAACAAAUAAGUAGGCCAAUAGCAAUGGAGAGCCUAAUGGAUAUCUUGUGCUUUUGGCUACCUGGAAACCUCUCUCAGCUUUUCCAACUGACUUUUGUUUUGAUUCUGACAUGUGUAAUGCUGAAAGCUAUCCAACUGUUUCAAAGAAGGCAGAAACUACUCAAGGACUUCAGGGAUUUCCCAGGACCUCCCAGUCAUUGGCUGUAUGGCAAUUCCCACAUGUUGAAAGGUGGGGCUGAACUACGAAAUCUUGUAAAAUGGACUGAAGAAUAUCCAUAUUAUUUCCCUCUGUGGUUUGGAGGAUUCUUAGCCUUUUUGGGAAUCAACCACCCUGAAUCUGCUAAGGUAUACAGCAGGGGUGAUCCUAAAUGUCUCAUCCUUUACAACUUUGCUGUUCCAUGGAUUGGAAGGGGACUGCUGGUCCUCAAUGGACCAAAGUGGCAGCAACACCGGAAGAUGCUCACACCAGGAUUCCAUUAUGAGAUUCUGAAGUCUUACGUGACUCCUAUUACGGAGUCUGUGAAAGUGAUGCUGGGAAACUGGGAGAAGCUGAUAUUAGAAGACCCAGAAGUAUCACUGGAGAUGUAUGAACACGUUAGCUUGAUGACUCUUGACAGCAUCAUGAAAUGUGCCUUCAGUUGUCAAAGCAACUGCCAGAUGGAUAGGGAGAAUCCUUACAUUAAAGCUAUCUUUGAACUCACCUUCCUGGUUUAUCAGAGAGCGAAGACACCUUUGUACCACAGUGAUCUCAUUUACUGGUUCACUUCUCCUGGGCGCCGAUUUCGUAAGGCCUGUAGAUUAGCUCACCUUCACACAGAUAAAGUCAUUAGAGAGAGAGUAAAGGUCCUCCAGGAUGAGCAAAAAUCUGGGAAGUCUCUGAAGAAAAGGCGCCUGGACUUUCUUGAUAUUCUUCUUCAAGCAAAGGAUGAAAAGGGAAAUCCAUUGCCUCAUGAAGAUCUGCGUGCUGAGGUGGACACCUUCAUGUUCACAGGCCAUGACACCACAGCUUGUGGGAUUGCUUGGUUGUUUUAUUGCAUGGCUCAAAAUCCUGAACACCAGGAGAGAUGCAGGGAAGAGAUUAAGGAAGUACUUGGGGACCAGGAGAUUAUUCGAUGGGAUGACUUGGGGAAGAUGCCUUAUGUCACUAUGUGCAUAAAAGAGAGUCUUCGACUUUACUCUGUAGUACCUCUGAUCGCUCGAGUACUGGAAUCACCUCUGACAUUUGAUGAUGGAAAAACCUUGUCAGAAGGUUGCGUAAUAGGACUAAAUAUAUUUGGACUUCACAGAAACCGUGAUGUGUGGGGCAAUCCUGAGGUGUUUGAUCCUAUGCGAUUUUCCCCAGAGAAUUCGUGUUUACGUCAUCCCUAUGCUUACCUGCCUUUUUCUGCUGGGCCAAGAAACUGCAUUGGACAACAGUUUGCUCUCAUAGAGAUGAAGGUGGUUCUUGCAUUGACUUUGCUCCACUUUGAGCUGGAACCAGACCCAGCAAACCCUCCAAUUCCUGUGGCUCAAGUUGUCACACGUUCUGAGAAUGGAAUCCACCUGAAACUGAAGAAACUCCUUUGAUACUUCAUGCUUGUAUAACCCUGGUGCUCUGAAAUGACUAGUUAGCAGCUACAAAUCUUGGCAUUUCCCUAACUAGGACUAAAAUGUGGUUUGAGACCCCAAUAAAAAUUAUCACAGUCAAGUCUAACAUUACUUUUCAAAGAGGAAUACCAUAUAUACUCGAAGAUAAGCCAAGUUUUUCAGCCCUUUUUAUUACCUGAAAAAUCCCUAAAAUGGGGUCAAGGGUGGAGAACAGAGCCUAGAGGCCAUUGCUUGCAAUAUAUAUUUCUCUCUCUACUUAACCCCCCUUAUCAAUGUGUUUUCUUUUCCAACGCCUCCCUCACUCUUAACCAAGGAGAUGUUUUGACAAGGGAAAGGAGGAGGAGAGAAGCUCUUGCCAGUCAGGAAGAAGAAAAUGUAUUUAUCCAUUAACUUAUGAAAGCAUUUUUCCAUGAAAUAUUUGUUAAUCUCUCCUACAGAUAUUUAGGCAUUUCUCCCUGCAAGCCUUUGCAAUCCCUAUGUACUGUACCUAUAUAUCUGUAUCUAAUCGCUAUCUAUAUACAUUAUUUUUAUAUAUGAAUUUUCCCCUCAUAUGUUUGCAGGUCUUUGCAAAUCCUAUAUACAUAUAGAUAUUUAGAGAAUUCAAUGUACCUGUGUAUCUGUACCUAUAUGUAUACAUUAUUUUUAUAUAUUAAUUUUCCCCUCACAUGUUUAUAAGUCUCUGCAUAUAAUUAUCUAUAUAGAGAGAGAUGUCUAGAUAGUUAUAUAUGAAUAUAGAUAUAUAGGGCUUACAAAUAUUGCAAAGGGAAAUGCACACACACACACAGAUGUCUAAAUAGAUAUGAAUAUUGUAAGGGGUCUGUAUCGUAAAUAUAACGAUAUAAUGAUUUUUGUUACCUUUUCGUUAUGUAAUUGUGCAAGUGAAGGGAGCUUCUGGGGCUUCUUUCUCCCUCGUUUUUAGAGCUAUCAAGAUGAAACUUGCUACUAUGGUAGAACACAUUUACCACUGCCCCCCCCCCCAAGUUUUAGAAUGUUUCACACAUCCACUGGUUUGGGGGAAUUUUUAAAAGUUACAAGAGCUAUCUCCUUAAAUUUCUAUUUACAAUGAUACAACAUAACCAGGGCAUAAUUCCCCCCAAGUUUCAGAAAGAUUUGCACAUCCACUCAUUUUUUUGUAACUGACAUAAACUUAAAAGUAGUAUUUCACUGGAAGACCCCAGGGGCCAUCUAGUCCAACCCCCUUCUGGCAGGCAGGAAAAGCACAGUCAAAGCACCUCCAUCCAACCUUUGAAAUUUGCAAGGUUGCAAACAGAUGGAGGCUAGCACUUGGGUUUCUUGAAAAGAAGACAAAGGUAGAUUUCAUACCACAAAGGGGACUUAGUGAAAGAAGACAUAUGGGUAGCUGGUUAGUUAUGUUAUCCACAUUGAGGAGUGUCAGAGGUCUUGGGGGGUUGGGUUCAGAGGUAAGGAUAUGUUAAGAUAUGAAACCGUACAGCUAAUACUGAUUUUUCACAUGUUUAAUGAGUGUUUGCUCUAUAUUGUUUUGUAAACCUGUUUAUUCUUUUGUAUAUAUUUUUCUCCUCUUUUUUCUUUUUUCUCUUUUCUUUUCUGAUUGUUCUAUUUCUUAUAUACACAAUAAAAUAAUACAAAUUCAAAAA